AUGCUUGCGUCCACCUCCCGCGCGGUCCUCCGCUCGUCCCGCUCGAUGGCGGCCGGCAAGGCGCCUGCCUUCUCCACCUCGGCACCCGCCUCGAAGAAGAAGACUGUUGUCGUCGAGCUCCUGCACGAUGUGAAGAACCUUGGCAUGAGGCACGACCAUGUCGAGAUUUCCGAGGGCCAGAUGCGCAACAGCCUCGCUCCUUACCGUCUCGCCCGUUACAUUCCCUACAAGAUGCCCAAGACUGCGCCGCGUGUUUGGACCACACCACGAGGCCAUGUGGCCAAGCCCGACGUCGACGGUUACCUCGAGGACGGCUCGCAGUCGCACCUGCACCCCAACACCCCGGGAAACACCCGCCCCGCGGUCCCCACUCCCACUGAACUGCUCAACAAGCUGUUCCUCGUCCCGGAGACUCUGCCCUUCCACCGCCGCACAGUUGGCGAUGACACCGACGCCAUCCAUGGCUCCAUCACCAUCUCAGACGUCUACAUCCGUCUGGCCAAGCAGCACGGCAUGAAGAGCGCGGACUUUGAGGUCAACUGGGUCGACCGCGACGAGCAAGAGCGCAUGAAGGCGCUGGGCGGCUGGCCAGCGACUAUUGCUGUCAAGGGGUACGCCGGCGAGCAGAUUGCCGUUACGGUGGAGGUUAUUCGCCAGGAGUAG